UUCCCUGCCGAACCAGCUUCUGCUGCUUCUGCUCGCCGUGCGAACUUGCGGGGCGAGGUGUUUCGUGUGUCAAGUGGCAAUGUUCCCCGAUACGUGAAGUAACGUUACAAUAUAAAUAUUUGAAAAAUGUAUUCAAAAUACGUGAUUGUUUCGUGCAUAGUUGUGCUCACCUUAGCUUCGCUGACUCAGGCGAGGAUUCACAAGCUUGAGAUAAGGAACGACGUCAGAGCUUACAUCGCUCUCAGCACAUUCGGAUUUUACGAAGGAGGCACUUUGCGCGUAAACUUGACUAAUUUUAAGGUGGAACAGGGCGCCGAGGAUGCAGUGUUCGGAUUCAGCUUGGAACGAACUCUCAGCGAUGUUAGUAAUUCGUACACAGAAAAUCAACGAGAAAAAUGUCCAUUACUAGAUGAAACAGCCCAGCUGAAUGAGGCUGUUUAUUUUAAAAUGGAUUUGAGGCAUUCGAUAAUGAACGUAACCUGCAAGAAAGACUUGAAUCUGAUAUCCAUUCACCCGAGUGAAGAUGUGGUACAGGUUCGAUUAAAGAGAAACGCAGAACGAUUACAGGAUACGGCCUCUUCUCCAAGAAUAGACCAUGCCAUGUCAGAUUUUGGUAAGAGGUCUGUGCAAUCCUACAAUCCACCAUCGAUGAAAAGCGGCUGUCCAAGGUCAGAAAUACCAAUCCAUUUUAAGAACGCAACAAGCACUGGAUUAAGUAAAGUCAAGUAUUACAGCACAAGUUUUUACGUGAAUGUGAUGAAUCAAAGUAAUGAAGGCCUCUAUAACUUGUACUUCCACAACUGCAGAAACUAUGAUGAUAAAACAAAUAUGCCUGUGGACUUUACGUUGCAAAUCAAAGAGGAUAACCACGGUAAUUUCUUGAGUGCUGGUGAGAUGCCACUACCUGCACUCUACUUCAUGAUGGCUCUUCUAUUCUUUUUGUCUGGAUGUUUCUGGGUCUUCAUUCUCAAGAGAAGCAAACACCCGGUGUUCAAGAUUCACUACCUGAUGGCGGUGCUGGUAUACCUGAAAUCUCUGUCUCUGCUUUUUCACGGCAUAAAUUUUCACUUCAUUGAAACAAAAGGAGAACAUGUUGCAGCUUGGGCAAUUCUCUACUAUAUUACGCAUCUACUGAAAGGAGCUGUUCUCUUCAUCACCAUCGUUCUAGUCGGUACUGGAUGGGAUUUUAUAAAACAUAUACUCUCGGACAAGGAUAAAAAAUUGUUCAUGAUUGUCAUACCACUGCAGGUUCUGGCGAAUGUUGCAGAAAUUAUAAUCGAGGAAAGCGAAGAAGGAGACAUUGAACAUCAGAAAUGGCGCGACGUAUUUAUUCUCGUUGAUCUUCUCUGCUGCGGAGCAAUCUUGUUCCCGGUUGUAUGGAGCAUAAGACACCUUCAAGAGGCUGCCCGCACCGAUGGCAAAGCAGCCAUAAAUUUGCGGAAGCUCAAAUUAUUCCGACAUUUUUAUAUUAUGAUCGUUUGCUACAUAUAUUUCACCAGAAUUAUCGUCUACUUAUUGAGGAUCACUGUUCCGUUCCAAUACGAAUGGCUUGACGAGAUGUUUAGAGAAAUGGCGACGUAUGUAUUUUUUGUCCUCACUGGAUACAAGUUUCGUCCUGCUUCAGCAAAUCCAUAUUUCACCAUUGCCAAUGAGGAUUUGCCUGGUGACGAUAAUGAUGACGAAAUGGAUGUGGUUCUAUUCUCUAGCAUUUCUGGAAGAAGCGGUGCUACCGAGGGUCUCAAUAAGAUCAACAAAGGGACGACGUUAGCAAAGUCGACGCCGUGCAAUGUUGUUGGGACUCGAGAAGAGAUGGACAAUCUGCUCAGCAAGAGAGAGUCGUCACACGAAUACGACUGAAGAAGCUAAAAGACAUAUGAAUUACUUAGGAAUAUAUGGGUGAUAACAAGCCUAGAGUGGUUAUGUUAUUUAGGGGUGGUUAGCAAUGAGAUUAUGCUGGGUCUGAGAUAUACCUAUGAAAUGACAAAUCUAUCCUCAGUCGAUAGAUAUUUACACGUGGAAAAUUGCGUUUCGUUGCUUGCUACAAUUUUGAGAUAUGCUUAUUAGAUAAGAAUUUCAUUCGGCGGAUGUUUGCAGGAGAGAGCGGCACAAAAUGUUUCCUGCAAGUGAUUUUUUCGUUACUAAAGUAGCAGUGAUAUUUUACUUGUGUAUGUAACGUAAUAUCAUCACUGAGGUACAAUUUGUUCUUUAAUAUACUGUAAUAAACAUUCGUUUCGAUUUAAAAUCGCUUAAUUGUGACAACUAUCGAUAGAUUAGUUCAACUCAUCGCAUAUGAUAAAUUUUCUCACAAAUUAUUUAAUACUCAGUACAAAAUAUAUUGCGUCAUUUGAUGACAGAGCCAUGUAAUUCGAUUAAACGUUUCACAUCACAUUUCAAUGGAUUAAAAAACUUUUAAAAAUUAUGGAGUCAUUUUACCAUGGGAAUAAUUGGACUUUAUGUCCUUGUUACAUAAUGUACUAUUCUUACUUAUAAGAAUUAUUUACAGUAGUUAUUAAUGACUUUUUAUCUUUGGACACGCACGCACGUGUUCAUCCACGUACAUCGUAGAGAUUUAGUUAUUAUUUACUACGGGUUGCAUGGCAGUGGCUGUUAAUAGUGAAAACUACAUAAAGUUAGUUCUACAAUUUUUCCUUAUUACUUAUGUAGGAUGUGAAACUUUGCCAAAUGGCAAAUUCGUUGCAGUGAAUAUAAGUAUACCUAAAUAUACAGUUUUAAGGCAUUUAGAGAGACAUACAUUUCCAUUUUCCCUUUGAUGUUUUAUUUACGAUUAAUCUGCCCUCAGUAGAAAAUAUUUGCAUCCACAUAUCUAAUUGCAAUUAUAAUGUACAUGACAACUGAUAUGUAGAGGAUAAACGCUCUGAAUUUGUUUGCAAUUUAGGUAAUGUUUUUAAUGUACUGUAUAGCAACCUCGAUUUAGUCAAAGUUGGAAAUGUUGGUAAUCAAACAAGCAUGUCAUGAUAUUCUUCACAGCGCUUACAGAUUUCCGUGGACAUGAUUGAUACAGAGUAACUCUCCAUUUCUACGUUAAAAAUAAUAUAAUGAAACUAAUAUUGAGAAAUCCAAUUUUAGUAGCGGAAAGAAGAAAAUAAAUUGAAAAUAUAGGUAUGUAACAUGACUUGAUACAGUUAGGGAGUGCAAAAACCUCAGUAACUUUAAUUGGAAUAGAAAAUAUGUACAAUAUUUCUGUUCGAUUUAGUCGCACGUUUGGUCGUAAAAAGUAACGUUAUAUCGAAAAUAAAUUUGCACCUGAUAACAUUGGGUUUGCUGCUUAUAAUUUUAGCGUAUCAAGGGUUGAGCCCAAUAUUUGCAGUCCGAUAUUAAUAAUUUCGGAUUAUCGAAGAACCAUUGUGACAACUAUAAUUUAACUGAAUAGACAAUUGGUAUACAUUGAAAUUACCUCGAAACCCUUUCUUCUUUAUUCCAUAGUAAUGACGUUGAAAUAUAAGACAUGGGGCAGACAAAUUUUUGAAUGAAUCGAAUAUUUUUGUGAACGUUCAACUGUUUUAUUUUCUGUUAUGUUCAACGCAUAUAAGUGUAAAUUGCGAAAUGUAGGUGAUAACUAUUCUCAUCACAACUUGAUGCACGCAAUGAAAAUUGUGAAAUAAAAUUGUUUUCUAAUUA